CUUUUUUCCCAAUGCGUCAUCUUUUUAUAACGCGCGUAUCUCUCUCUUCCCUUACCUUCGUAAAUCUUCGAACGUUCAAGGACCAGGGUUUUCUCUGUUGUUGAAUUCAAUUUCAAGAAGUCUACGUUCUCCAAAUCUUAUUAUCUUGUCAAUUUCGUUUUGUGAAGAAAAUAUCAAGUUGAAAUAAAAUGGGUGGUGGGGAAGAUAGACCACCUAAUGAACAAGACAAAGGGCUGUUCUCUAAUCUUGCAGGAUAUGCAGCCGCAGCUGGACACUUCCGUCCGCCACACGGAGUAUACCCUCCGCAGGGCGGGUACCCUUACCCUUCUCCAGGUGGAGGAGGUGGGUACCCGCCUGCUGGUUAUCCACCACCUGGUGGAUAUGGUGGAUAUCCACCUCCAGGCGGAGGCGGAUAUCCACCACAGGGAGGAUAUCCAUCACAUGGAUAUCCUCCCACCGGCUAUCCGCCUGCAGGCUACCCACCAUCAGGCUAUCCUGGACCAUCAUCAGGCUACCCUGGACAAUCUGCUCCAUUUCAAUCAGGGCAUGGAGGACCAGGACCGGGCAUGGGUACAAUACUAGCGGGAGGUGCGGCGGUUGCUGCCGCUGCAUAUGGGGCCCACCAUCUAGCUCAUGGUCAUGGGUCCCAUGGUUAUGGUUAUGGUUAUGGUCGACCCUUUGGUCACCAUGGAAAGUUUAAGCAUGGGAAAUUUAAACAUGGAAAGUUUGGGAAUCGAUGGAAGCAUGGGGUGUUUGGUGGAAAGCACCAUGGGUUUUUUGGAGGGAAGCACAAAAUGUGGAAAUGAUUGAAAUAUAUAAGAGAUCAUGUUUGCGUUUUACCAUAAAGAUUGUAGAUUUGAAAUAUCUUUAAUGAAUUUGUUGAAUUGUGGGUGAUUUAGUGUUGUUCUCGAUAAAUUUGUAACUAGCACUCUAGAUUUUGUGUGGAAGUCGUAAUUGGUUUGCUUUUACUUUUUAA